CUGUGCGCCUCGAACAGACUGACAGAUUUCAUUGCUGCGGUGUUCGUUAGGAAUUAUUUGUAGAGCUACAAUUUAUCUGGACUAUUUUUUAAUUUAAAACAAAUGAGCAUAAAGCGAGAACAACAGUCGAAGCCGAAGAUUUGGAAGCGGGAUGAAAUACUUGUAUUUUUGGAUGUUUUUGAAUCAACCUUCCACUCAUCGGUAUCUGAUCCUUUCGAUUCGGAAUGGGAUAUGUGGGAGUGCAUUUCAAAUAAACUCUUGACAAAAGGUUGUAACGCUUCUGCUCAGCACUGCCGAAACAAAUGGAAUUUCCUGUACAAAACAUAUACUCAAACUCCAAAUCAGACGAGCGCGUUCUAUGCAAAAAUAAAACAAAUAGUCGAUUUUUCUCAAAACUUAAAUGAUCAACCUGGUUCCGAAGAGAGCCCUGAUGUUGAAACUGCUUGUGAAAUUGAGAUUUUUGAUGCUAUGGUCGACGAUAAUAUUGUGAAACUAGAGAUGCCCUCCUCAAAUGAACAGGAAGUAGAAACAUUGGACGAUCGAUUAGAAUCUAGUUGCUCACCUGAACAUGAAUCUCCAACUGUUGUGGGACAGGAAUUGGAACUAGAAGAGACAGUUGAUGAUGUGCCGAUCAAGCGCACUAAAGUCGCAGUCGAGGAUUACUCCAACACAAUAGAGCAAAAAGUUAGAACACAAAUCGAUUGUUUGAAUUUAAAAAGUAUUCUAGAUAGUAUAGUGACUAAAAUAAAUGCCAUUCAAACGGAACAGUUGAGCCAACGGCAACGUUUAGAAACGUUAGAAAGUCUGCAACGAACAAGUUGUGAAAAGUUGAUGAAUAUUGAGAAACAUCUUUGUUUGAGUUAAUAAAAUAGAAUCUGUGAUUCAAUAAAUAUUUUUUCGGUAAUAA